AUGAUCAUUCGACAUCAUCAUGUCACAUUUACAGAUGGUUCAUGUCGCCUGGCUUGCCAUGCCAACAAUACUUACCCGAUUCAGGCGCGCAUUAUAUGGAAUGCCCCGGUGCAUUCAUGGACAGGCAUCGCCUCUGAGGCCGUUGACUUUCUUGUGCCACUGGCCAAGCGCAUCCCUUUACUUGGUCUUACCGGUGGCUACACGGCCGAAUUUGUCCACGAUCUGCCCAAACGUGAUCAAGCCAUGCUGGAAGCCCUUCGGCAAAGCUAUUUGGACCAUCAUGGUGCCCGCGUGCAACGCACGAUGCGGAAUCUGCCAGAGGAGCGCAUCACCAUCUUUAUCACGCAGUAUGAUCCCGCCACUUACCACGACGACCUUCAGCGGACGUGCCCCGAGUUUGUCGAGACUUCCGCCCGCGGCUGGGACAUUCUUAUCGAAGCCUUCCUGCGCGAGUUUUCGCAUGACGACAAUGUGGCUUUGUACAUCCGAUCGGGCCGUGACAAAGAUCGCCCCGAGCGGGAUGUGCUUGAGUUGAUGCGCCGCGUCAACCCACGCAGCCCGCCGCCCAUAACUUGGAUCCCUCCAGUCGCGACGGCAGACUAUGCAGCGCUGUACAAAACUGCCAAUGCCUUUGUUCUACCCACCCACGCCGAGGGCUAUGGUCGUCCCGUUUUAGAGGCCAUGGCGAUGGGUCUACCCACCAUCGUGACAAAUUGGUCUGGCAUCACUGAGUUUACUUCUGCAAGCACAGCCUACCUGAUUCCCGUUCAUGGUCUCGAAAAGGCUUUCCCUCGAGAACCUCAGAUUACAGGCUGGGAUUUUGAAGGGCGACACCAAUGGGCCUCAAUCAACGUCUCAGACGUUCAGAGACUAAUGCGGGAGGUCUAUGCACAGCCUCACGCCGCGCGCCGAACGGGUCUAAGAGCAAAAGCCCAUACCAAGUUCAAGCCCAGCUACUCCGGAUUCAGCGUCAACUGGCAGACACUAGCCUUGCCAAGGUAG